UUAGAAACCCAGCGGCAACAAUUACGGGAUUUUCCAUCCACAGAUACACACAUUUUCUCAGUUCGUCUUCAUUUUUCAGCCAAACCCCAUAUUUUCUAUCCCUUCCCAAACCCUAAUCGGUAACUCAAAUUUCGAUCCCCAAGUUGUUCUCUUCGGUGAUGCCAAGGUCACCAAUGGCGAUUUUCACGUGGUGCUCACUGGUCCUGGUGCUUCAAGCUCCGGCCUUAUGGCACUGAUGAGGCCCUUCAAGUUUAUGGAAGAGAAUGUGAUCAAAGGAAUGUCCGUUACCACGGAGUUUUCGUUUUCGAUUUCAGUUGGCAAAUCCACAUGAUCAUGUGAACAAGGAAGGAGAGGAUUUAUGGAGGCAUAAGAGAAGCAUUUGUGACUUUACAAUUCUUGCUGGAGUUAUUUUUGCCACACUGGAUGUGGAGCCUCGGUGGCCUUUGUUGUGCUGUUCAUGUGGGCAAGCUUUGUCAGUGGACACGUGGUGCUGCCUGUUGACUAUCAAACAGGUCCAACAGAUUUCAGGUAUGAAAAGAUCAAAGUGAUUGUAGAGAAGGCCGGUGGAAGUGAUAAGAAUUAGAAAAUGGAGUGUGUGGUCUUAGGUUGUUGAUUUUUUGAUGAUGUAAAGAUGAAAACUUAAGUGAAAAUGAACAUAAAAUGAACAUAAACUCAAGGAUAAACUUGUGAAAAUGAACAUAAAAUGAACAUAAACUCAAGGAUUAAACUUGAGAAAUGAUGAAAUACAUGAACACAGAUGAAAUACAUAAACAGUGUUCUGAUAUAUCAGCAAAAACAGCAGUGGGCAUACAUCAGAUUUUUAAGAAAAUAGCAACUUAAAGAUGACAGUUGCUAAAACAUAAGUUAAGUAACUGUAAAAUAAACUACCAUACCACCAAGCGUGAAUCACAAAAUUACAUAAAGAUAACUGCUAAUACAUAACUGUCAUAACAGACUUAAAAGACUUGGUCUCAGAUACUUCAACAUUUUGUUAACUAAUGUGAUAAACCACAAAUUUCUUUGUUAUGUAUCUUGUAUGUGGCUCUAAUGCUUAAUGCUUUCUAGCUAAACUUCCUUCUUCUAUGACAUAUUUAGAUGAAUGGAAAUCAUUUAAUGUUGUUUGUGUUGUAGUCAUAGAUUGAGAAUUAUGCUAGUCAGUUUGAGAAGUGUAUGACAUAUAAAUCUUAGCAAUGCCACUGCAAUCAAUAAUGUUGCUUAAACUCGUAAAAGACAUGGAAAAGUUUGAUUCUUCCACAUAAUCUUUGUUGUCAAUAUUUAUCUACAUUGAGUGUCAAUGUUUAAAGGUUCUUUUGGCACCUAACCUUUAGAUAAACCUAUGAGUUAUUGCCAUAUGUGCAAAAAAGAUGGACCUUUAAUUUUAGGCCUCAGGGGUUAAAAAGAUGCAUUUCUUACACCCAAAAAGUGAAAGUAUUCUUGCCUCUAUUAUAAUCGUUUUAGUUCCGUAUCAAGGCAUCAUUUUUGUGAACAAAGAUAGACAUUGUCG